ACGCAUUCAUUCGCUCCUCAGUUGGAUGCACAGACCGGCUGCGUGGAGGAUCCCAAAGUACAUCGCGAACGAGGGUUUACGGAACAUGAGCAUCCAUCUAGCGGUUUUGAGCAGCUACGAACCUUUCCCGGAAGACGUUUGCGGUCUUACAGGACAAUGAAGCACCGGUCCAUCCGGGAUUCCACAAUAGCUCUGGAGACGUGUCGGCGGGUUUAUGUCGGUUCCUUCAGCAAUGCUCCAUUCGGUAGAAACUUGCGAAGGAUGCCUCGAAUUACUCCGAGUCAAGUUCGUGUUCUAGAGGACUUCCAUCCAUAUACGGAGGUCUAUAUUCAUAGCGAGUUCUCGCCACCCGACCAAGCCUCGACAGAUUCAAGUUUUGAGAGCAGUGGUUCCGCCUUUUACUUCACAGCUAGAUCUGCCUUCAGCGAACCCACCGAAGAGUACCAACAGACCAUCUUGCAAGUUCUGGACACGGAGUCCGGCGUGCUGUUCGACAAGGUCUAUCAGGGGUCCAAAGGGACGUUGAAGGGGGAACAACUCGAGGCUGACAUUCUUGACGAACAACAUGCUGUCACUGUGAAACUCGAAUCACCGGGUCGCCUUCGUAGGAACCUCGCUACGGACAACCUCGUUGGAAUGGUCACUCCACCGAUUCCGUCUCUCGUACUCACGCUCCCGACUCCGCAGCUCCCUGCUUCGCCCAUCUUCAUUCCUCAAUCCCCGAUCACGGUCUCCAAGUUCAUAACUGCGGCAGCGGAUCCUCCGAGCUCGGCGCAUCCACCUCGCCAACCUUCGUGUCCGGUGCCCGCUAUGCAGUUCUGUUCUGACUGUGCCUUAGUCCCACCUGACAGCGGCUUACUGUGCUACUCUUGCGAUCAACAAUGGCUGGCGUGCAAAGUAUGGUACCAGGCAAACGACGGCGGGCGAAGACAGCGUCUUACGGAGCCCCACAUCAGACCCGCAGAAAGCAACGCGGCGAACCGGGCACUCAUGGACUUCUUGCGCGCUCCCACUGGGUCUGGCAACUCCUACGGACUGGGCAUUCGAGCUACGCCGGAGGGCAUCAGUCGGAGCAGGUUCAGAAAGCUGGCGCCGUUGCUUGCUAAGUUUACUGCGGAGUCCUCCCUGAGCGUCAUCUAUCGUGAAGAGGUGCUUCCUCUGGCUCGGCGGUUGCGUUUUGUUGUCGACUUGCGCACGCUGGCCGCGAUACCGCGGAAGCUCUGGGCGGCUAUCACCGAUAUCUUGUCCUACAACCUUCAGCUCCUCCGCCAUAUCUUGGACACACUUGCCGAGCUCAACCUUCGCGUGGAAUGCGACGUCCCAAGUGUCUCGGAGUACCUAUGGAUGGUGACUGAAGACUCGGUGGACGACACAAGACUCUUGGAGAGGGCAGCGCAAAGCGCGUCUCGAUUCCCACUGCGGACAAACCGCGUUGUGCGAAGCGCUCACAUGGUACUUACAUUGUAAGGG